CCAAAAAUGAUCGGGAUGGAGCAAGUGUGCAGGAACUCUGACUAUUAAACAUUAAUUUGCAUUUGGUGUCUCAGUGGCAGCUUCCCUCUGUGCCCAUACACUGACCAGUCAACGUCCGGUAAAUUAAUUUUUCUUAGUAUAAAGUGAAGGCUGCCACUACUGCCAAACAACAAACAGGUCAGGUCUAACUGUUAUAUAUGUCGGUAUGGCAAGGGGUAUAACUUUGGUGUUUAUUUGUGUGAUCUGGCAUACAGUUGUACCAUUGACAAAAUCCACUGAUUGGUAUGAAGAUGAAACUGAUUACUAUGAAGACAACAAUGAUCCAGAUGAUGAUGACGAGCAGGAUGCAGAAAACUUGCAUACAGACUGGAUAUUUGAAGACUCUGAAGAAGAAGAUCCUUGUUCAGUCAAUCCUUGUGAAAAUGAAGGCACCUGUGAGACAAUUGGCUCAGACUUUGUGUGUCACUGCCAUCCCCUCUAUACAGGAAAGACAUGUCAGAUAGUGCAGAAUCCCUGUCGGAAGAAUACGUGCAAGCAUGGAGAGUGCGUCCUUAUAGAUACACCACCAUAUCACAAGUGCAAAUGUGACUAUCCUUUCAAGCCACCGAACUGCAAAAAACGAGUAUUCACCUGUUCAAGAAACCCCUGUAAAAAUGGAGGAGUUUGCAGAAUGGGAAGAACAAGAAGCUCUUUCACUUGCUUGUGUCUAAAGAAAUUCACGGGCAGGUUUUGUGAAGUAGAUACAGAUGAUUGUUAUGAAGAUAAUGGUGAAAACUACAGGGGCAACGUUAGUAUGACAGAACAAGGGAAAACAUGUUUAUACUGGAGUUCUCACUUGCUUCUAAGGAAACAUAUUAAUAUACUUGGAGACCAAGCUGAAGAAAACGGCCUUGGAGAUCACAGAUUUUGUAGGAACCCUGACGAUGAUGCUAAACCUUGGUGCUUUUUCAAAGAACGCAGUGGAAGACUGAAGUGGGAUUUUUGUUCAAUCUCUCAAUGUGAGAAAGAAUACACCCUCAUGCCUGAGGCUGAACCUGACGCAGUCACCGAGACCAUUGCUGCAACAGAGCGCCCUCAAACCUUUGAAAGCUGUGGCAAAGCAUUAAGCCCCAGGCGAAGUAUAGCUCGUAUCUAUGGUGGAAGGAAGACCGUGCUUGGCAGACACCCUUGGCAAGCAUCUUUACAACUAAAAGCUCAUGUAGGUAUUUAUGAAGAAGGACAUCUAUGUGGAGGGGCCUUGAUUGCACCUUGCUGGGUUCUUACGGCAGCUCACUGCUUGGAAGCAAGCCAACAACCCAAGCACUAUCAAAUAUUACUCGGGAAGCAUAAUAUAGAAUACACGGAACUCAAUGAACAAAAGUUUGAUGUUGAGAGAGUGAUUGUACAUCCAGACUAUGAAGAGACAGACAGAGCCUUAUAUAAUGACAUUGCCUUAGUGAAGUUGAAACAUAUUGACGGAUGGUGUGCCAAUGAGACCAGAUAUGUCAAAACAGUAUGUUUACCGGAUCGUAAUCCACCUCUCAACGCGUCGUGCUACAUUUCAGGAUGGGGUGUAACAGAAUCAGGAAACAGUUCAGAUUAUUUAUUGGACGCAUCUGUCAAGUUAAUCCCUCAACGAUCUUGCAACAGAGUCACAUCUUACAAUCAUGUCCUUGAUGCAUCAAUGCUUUGUGCAGGAAAUUUAGAAAAAGGUGGAGUGGAUGCUUGCCAGGGAGACUCUGGAGGACCACUGACCUGUUUGAAGGAUGGACACUACGAGAUCAAUGGAGUAGUGAGUUGGGGGGAUCACUGUGGAGUGAAGAACAAACCGGGUGUUUAUGCCCGUGUCACCACCUUCCUUAACUGGAUUCAAGGAAUAAUUAACUAGUUUUUAAUUUUUCAACUUGCAAAUAAAAUCAAAAUUGAAUUUAAUAGCUCAGCUAUAGUUUGUGUUACUUACCCUGUAUAUUAAUUGUUUUUAAAUAUACUGUAACAAAAUCAGAUAGGCAUUUUGCAAAGAAUACAUUGAAAAUAAAAACUCUGUUUAAUAAUGUGAACACAGGAGAUUCUGCAGAUGCUAGAGGAACUCAGCAGGUCAGGCAGCAUCUAUAGAAAGGAAUAAACAGUCCAUGUUUCGAGCUGAGACCCUUCAUCAAGACUGAGUGAUGAAGCCUGUCCUGAUGAAGAGUCUUGGCCUGAAAUACUGACUAUUUAUUCCUCUUGAUAGAAUCUUCCUGACCUGC